AUGACUAAUAAAUUUGUUUCUCAUUCGAUUUUAACUUCCAAAGAUGGAUUAGAAUUCUAGGAGGUGAAGCGCGAUUAGCCAAUCCAAGUUUAAGAGAAAAAGUUAUCCUUUAUGACUCUCACUGAAUAGAUGGUGGAAUAAGAAAAACUUGAUCAAUUGCUCAGGCCUGAAGUAACCAAAAUGCAAAGGAAAAAAUAAACCAAGCCUAACAUUUAUGAAAAGACAAAACCAUUAACUGAUGAAGACAAUCUUGAAUAUGUUGAAGAGAGUGGGUUUAAGUAGGAAAUAUUCAAUGAAGAAGAUUUCGACUUUUUUCAAUAUUACGGUUAAUUGAGGGAAAUCGAUAAUAGAAAAAUAAAAAUCGAAAGAGAACACAUUAAGCAAUUUAAAUAAAGAAGAUCGGAAUUAACUAUUGAUAGCACACCUCAAAUUGUUGUUUAAAAAGAAUCCUAAGCAUCCGAUAAAAUCUACUCCGUGGGCUCUAUCAAGAUUGUCAAAUUAAAGAUUAAACCCCCUCGAUUCUUAGAAGAUCUGACUAAUCAAAAUAACAAAGAAGAGAUCAAAAAUGUUGACAAAGAUGAAAACAGCUUAUUAAUCAAAAAUCCUAAUCUUAAGAAUUUUAAACCCCUUGUGAAUGAUGAUGAUGAUGAUAUAACACCAGAACCUGCUGUUUAAAAGAAAGUAAAAAUAGUUGAAUAUGAUUCUGAAUGA